GCUAGUAGAGCAGUGAUAGACUAUUAUGCAUAGGUGGAAUAUUACAGACACAUAGAGCAAAUGCAAAUUAAAAAGGCAACUCCCAGGCCUCAGAGCCUAUAAAUAACGAGUAGCUACCAUGUGUGGGGGCAGGGCAAUAAAACAAGAGAUCCACUGACCACUCUGGGAGAAGAGCCUCCAAACUCCACCAUGGCUGUCGGAGGUUUCGCCGUUGACGCUCCUUCCGACUCUUUCGACGGCAAGAUUACUCUCUCCGUCCUCAUCACUUGCAUCGUUGCGGCAUCCAGUGGCCUCAUUUUUGGAUAUGACGUCGGAAUUUCAGGUGGCGUGACUACGAUGACACCAUUUCUUGAGAAGUUCUUUCCAGCCAUACAGAAGAAAGCCGCCAGCACAGAAACAGACGUGUACUGUGUGUAUGACAGUCAAGUACUGACGUUAUUCACGUCGUCAUUGUACUUAGCAGGAUUGGUGUCAUCUUUAGCAGCUAGUCGAGUGACAGCCACGCUGGGUCGAAGAAACACCAUGAUCUUGGGUGGCUGCUCCUUCCUCGUCGGCGGUGCCAUUAACGGAGGUGCCGAAAAUAUUGCUAUGCUCAUCUUGGGUCGGAUCUUGCUCGGUCUCGGAGUCGGUUUCACCAACCAAGCAGCGCCAGUUUACCUAUCGGAGAUAGCUCCGCCAAAAUGGCGAGGUGCGUUCAACACAGGAUUUCAAUUCUUCAUAGGUAUUGGAGUGGUUGCUGCUAACUGCAUCAACUACGUCACUUCCAAACGCUCAUGGGGGUGGCGUCUCUCCCUUGGCCUCGCCGUGGCACCGGCUGUCAUAAUGACCACUGGUGCUUUCUUGAUUACUGACACUCCUAGUAGCUUAGUCCAGCGUGGCAAGAUAGAUCAAGCCAGAAUUGCCCUACGCAAAGUCAGAGGGUCUGCUGCUGACGUGGAGCCUGAGCUGGAUGACCUGGUCAAAAGGACUGAAAAGUCAAAAGCUCUCCAGCAGGAACCCUUCACCACCAUAUUUGAGAGACAAUAUCGGCCUCACCUGGUCUUGGCAAUCGCCAUCCCAUUCUUCCAGCAACUCACUGGCAUUAAUAUUGUUGCCUUCUAUUCACCGAACCUCUUUCAGUCUGUGGGUUUUGGAAACGACGCUGCUCUGCUUUCAACCAUGAUACUUGGAGUGGUCAACCUUGCAUCUAUAUUGGUGUCCACUGCUGUGGUAGAUAGAUUUGGACGAAGAUUCUUGUUCAUCAUCGGGGGCAUUCAAAUGCUUGUUUGUCAGAUUGCGGUGACUGUGGUGCUAGCACUUUCGAGAAGCACACAGCAUAUAUCAAAGAGCAAUGCAACAUUAGUACUAGUGCUGUUGUGCUUGUAUGCUGCUGGAUUUGGGUGGUCAUGGGGGCCUCUGAGCUGGCUCAUUCCGAGCGAAAUUUUCCCCUUGAAGAUUAGAAGCACCGGACAAAGCAUAAGCAUUGCUGUGAACUUCUUGACCGUAUUCGUGUUGUCACAGACAUUUUUGACCAUGUUGUGUCGCUUUAAGUAUGGUGCUUUCUUGUUCUAUGGGGGUUGGAUUGCCGUGAUGACGGUCUUUAUUGUACUUUGUUUGCCAGAGACCAAAGGAAUUCCUCUCGAAUCCAUGCAUGCGAUAUGGAGAAAACACUGGCUCUGGCAUCGCUUUUUAGCUAAAGAUGAUGCCCAAGAUGAUCUUCCACGGACCUAACCUUUUAUGUAUUCUUCUUCGAAACUAAUAAUAUAGAAGAUCUUACUCCUCCGCGAUGAUAUAAAAAUUACGACUUGUGUAUAAAUUUCUGCUGUCUGUAUGAACAUACUUGUACUGCAACCACGUUGAAAGACUUGUGCCUUUUGGUUUGGCAUCA